CUGGAGGUCAGAGGUGAAUGUUUGACAGAAAGCUGAAACAUGGAUUCCAUAUUUCAUGAGAAACAAGAGGGCUCUCUGUGCGCCCAGCACUGCCUCAACAACCUCCUGCAGGGUGAGUACUUCACUCCUGUGGACCUGUCCUCCAUCGCUCACCAGCUCGAUGAAGAAGAGAGGAUGAGGAUGGCGGAGGGAGGUAUGGCCAGCAACGAGUACAGGACGUUCUUACAGCAACCAUCUGGGAACAUGGAUGACAGUGGGUUCUUUUCAAUACAAGUUAUUAGCAAUGCUCUGAGUGUGUGGGGCUUGGAGCUGAUCCUCUUCAACAGCCGGGAGUACCAGAGCUUGAUGAUAAAUCCAAUAAACGAGAAUGCCUUCAUUUGCAACUACAAGGAGCACUGGUUUACUGUACGCAAACUAGGACAACAGUGGUUUAACCUGAAUUCACUGUUGACUGGACCAGAGCUGAUAUCAGACACCUAUCUAGCCCUUUUCCUUGCACAGCUACAACAAGAAGGUUAUUCCAUAUUUGUGAUUCGAGGAAACCUCCCUGAGUGUGAGGCAGAGCAGAUCCUUCGGAUCAUGAGAGUUCAGCAGCAGCAGCGGCCCAGGCUCAUUGGAGAGGACGAGGCCCAGACAAGUGCAGGCAGGCCAGCAGCUGUGGGCCAGGCAGAGAUGAACUUUGGUGUGGAGGAUGAGGUUGUAGAUGAAGAUGACGAACUGAAGAGAGCCUUGGCACUUAGCAGACAGGACAUAGAUGUAGAAGAUGAGGAGGCUGAUCUUCGUAGGGCCAUACAGCUCAGCAUGCAAGGAGCAGUGAUGAGCAACACAUCACCAGAGUCUGAAGUGGGAGCUGUGAAAUUAGGCAGUCAGGCAGCAGGGAGUUCUGCAGGAAGUCAAAGAGAAGGUCAAAGCGAUGCUCUCACAGCCGAGGAACUGAGGAAGAGGAGACAAGCCUACUUUGAUCGGCAGCAGCAACAAGCUCAGCCGAGCAAUCCUCAACAAACAGACAUAAACUCAGUAGGUGGCUCAGGAUCUGUGAACACUGGCUCUGAGGAGGACCAACAACAAAAGCUCGGCCAGUGAUAGUGUGGAAGAUUUGCCUGUGUUGUUUACCAGCUGCCUGGAUUGGCAUCCCCAUACAGGGCGAAGCUUUGCUCCUUCCUCUAACCUUUUGCACGUGCGAACGUAAGGACAGUCAGGAGGCUGACAUGUUUCCCCCGAUUAGUUCGCAACAGAGGCUUCAGAGAAGAGAACAAUGACAAAGAACAAUGACAAAGUAAAGGCAGUAGUUAGUCUAAUCUAACUGAGUAGGGCACUGGGGCUGGGAAAAGGGUGACCACAGAACUCAUGAUGCAGUUAAUCCAAGUUUGCAAUUGCCUUUGUACCAUGGCGCCUUCUAUUUCUAUUGUGUACUGUUUUUUUAUUCUUGUUUAUUCUCUGGAAGAGAAGGAAAAGAAUCUUCAGCAUACAGUACAAGGGUGCAUUUACUUGCUUGGUGUGAAUACAUGCAGAGACAGAUGCUCUGCAAAAGCCACCGGAGACCAGUGUGAAGCCCACACGUGAAAGCAUGAUUAGGAGUGACAGAGCCCACUUACCUUUGUAUUGGACUUGGGUUUUUGGUCAUAAGAUGUGAUUCUAGUACACAUCCCAGAACAUGUGUGGUUUUCAAAUCCUUUUAUUUUUUGCAAUGUACUGAAAGUCUCAAACAACCUUUAGCCAGUGGCACUAAUACGUGUGGGUCAUUUAUUACUGACAUCAUCAAUCAUUUUACUUGAACACUGACGAGUGAAUUCCCACGGUAUUUAGACAACAACAUAUUUUUGACGUUGGCUUUGUUUUUACCUUUAAGAUCAUAAGCAGGUGUCAUGAAAUGUAAGAUUUCAAAGCUUAUAAACAGGGUGUUUUGUCCAGUUUGGCUUGAUAGUUAAACAUGAUUCUAUAGAGCUAUUUGUCAAAUCUAGGAUACCUUUAACUGAUGGAUAUUUUACAUAUCUUGUCCAGAAUAAGUUGAGAUAUAAUAGGGAUCAAAAUUGUCUGUAUGACACUGCAGCUGAUAGAUAAAUACAUCAUUAAUUUUACCAGCACAUUAUAAUCACAUAAAAGUACAAAUAGUCUGUUUUUGACUGCACAUGUUGUUUCUCUUCAUCAGUAUUUUGUCACAAACUGUAAAGGGAAUUCAUUUUAAGAAAAGAUUGUUUAAAUUCCCUUAGCCAUCACAGUUUACAGUUACAGCCCCUGAAAUACUUUUUGUUUGAAUUGUCCUGUAUUGCCAUAAUACAGAGUAGUGCUGUUCACAUGAGCUGUACAAAGAUGCAUUAAAUGCACUGAGGUUGUCAAGGGUUCACGCUAUUGGCUGAUUGAUGAGCAGAAUUAACAGUAAAAUAUCAAGGAAGAGUGUGGACUGUUAUUUAACUUUAUGAUUUAUAUAAAGUAAAAUCCAAAGAACCAACCAAAACAUCAAAAAUGUGUCUAUUUACAUACACUUAGAAGAUUUCAUUUAUUUCAGUUUUCUAAUUCAAUUCUGAACAUUACUUGUUUAAAAUUGCUCAUAUUUUUCUGAAAAACGGAAUCAGUUUACUACACACGAUGGAAAUGAAUAAACCAUAUUUUGGCAUUAAUACAAUUACAUUUGUUUACAGUUAUAAAGUCUUCUGGAACCGUUCACCAUGGUUAGAGCUUGAUGCCUCCACUAAAGAGCUGGAUGUCAUGUAAAGUUUGACUUUUGGUGCUGGAUGACUGAUUCCAUGAUAGUUGUUUUGUUUGUUUGUUUCCUUUUUGAUCUGUAAGGCUUUUUUAUAUUUAAAAUACACUUGUGAAACAGUAUAAAAUGCUUUUAGUUAGGUUUUUAUCAUUACAUUAUUUUUCACUCACUGCAAUCUAUCAAUAGUACUAAUUCAUGAUUUUUGUCAUAGGUCACAUGUUACCACAGCACACUGUUUUGUUAAAUGCAUUAGUUGUUGUUCCAGGAUUAAAGUGAUAUUCACUCCUAAAGCUU